UGAAGAGCGAACUGGUGAACCAGUGAUUACUUAAACUAAGGAUAUGCGCGCUGGAGCCACAAUAGAGUCGAAGGGCUUGUCCUCCAAACGUGUCUUGCAGUAACACGGUUACCACACUCUCGCCAUAUAUUUCGAGUAAAUUUCCUCAACUACUGGCACACUUAAGCCACCGGCAAAUAAAUAACCCAAUUAGAAGGCUCGCGGCUAAAUAAUUCAACUAACAGGGUGACUGGCGAUAGUUACCCUAGCGGAAGAACCUGAAAGGUGACAACAUUAAACACCAGUCAGUUUUUAUUUUGAAGAUAAAAAAAAACAGGUUUUAUUUCCUGAAGGACUGUUAGUUAAUAUCUCGGGCAAUAAUCCAUGCGUUUCCUCUGCUCCGGCUACAACGUGAUGGACGAAGGUUUGUCAUCAUUUGGGAGCUUGGGAAGGGGUGCGGGGACCGCUUCUGCCAGGGUGCACAGUAUAGACGCGAUCUUGGGAUUUACUAAAGAAGACCCAGUACCCCAUCCAACCUUCCCUUCCAGUAGAAACUCCAGGAAUGUGGAAGAAGCGGGAACAGGCAAUGGCCGGGAUUGUUGCAACAGAGCGUCAAACUUAAAACAUGAACAAGCAAACACGGAACGUUUUGACGAUCACUUUUGUACGAAUAGCAAUGGAGAAUAUCUCCGGCCAGACAUAGCGAAAACCAAACAACAUGACAGUAACUUGCUGGACGAGGACCAGCCCAAGAAGAAACACAGGAGAAACCGAACCACAUUCACCACCUACCAACUCCACGAGCUGGAGAGAGCCUUUGAGAAAUCUCAUUACCCAGAUGUGUACAGCAGAGAGGAACUAGCCAUGAAAGUCAACUUGCCGGAGGUCAGGGUGCAGGUCUGGUUUCAAAAUAGAAGAGCCAAGUGGAGGCGGCAAGAAAAGUUGGAAACUAGUGCAAUGAAGUUGCAGGAUUCACCCAUGCUUUCUUUUAAUAGACCUUCACAGCCUUCGGCCAUGGGCACACUGAACAGUAACUUGUCACUGGAUCCUUGGCUCACUUCUCCAAUAUCCAGCCCAACGGCAUUGCAGAACCUACCAGGUUUCAUGACUACCACAUCUCAGGGUUUGCAGAGCAGCUAUACUCCUCCACCUUUCUUAAACUCCCCAGCCUUAACCCACAGCUUGCAACCUAUGGGUGCCAUCACUCCCACAACUUUUCAAUGUGGGACAGCUUAUGUGGAUAAGUUUCCUCUGGAAGAUGCAGACCAGAGAAACUCCAGUAUAGCUUCGCUAAGAAUGAAAGCCAAAGAACACAUUCAAUUCAUUGGAAAAAGUUGGCAGACUAUCUGAGAUCACAAACAGAGCUGUCGUUUAAUAAUAAUGUUUAAUUGAUUUUAAAAAUGCUGAAUAGAAGUUUAACAUUAGGAUGUAACAAGGUCUUAUUAAAUGUCAAGAACCAGAAUCAUUGUAUUAUUCCUAAAAACUUGUUUUUUAUUUUUGUAUAUUUGGUGUUAAUUGUGGAUUUGUUGUAGAUGCAAUAAUUUUGUUGAAUAUGGUCUGUAGUUUACAAGUGAAUGUUAGAUAAAUCACAGAUUAAUGGUUUCAACUAUUUUGUAUAUUUUAUUUUAAUGCCCUGUAAAAUGUGCAUUUGACUGUAGAAAGAUUCACAAAUAACACCAAACAUUUUAGCAAAAUUAGUUUGUUGCCAGUGAAUGAAUGUUUUAUAAAAAAUUGAACAUUAAAGAUUUACAUUUUGGGAACAAUAGAGAUGCACUUACUUUAUCCCUUCAGUUUUGGUACAUUUGUGACUUCCUGACUGUCCUGGAGAAGGACAGCCUUGCUCUCACGAUGACCUGAUGAACCCAUGACAUUAUUCAUUAAGCAUCUCUGUUCUAAAGAAAAAGGUCUCCAUUGAGACAUUUCAAACUUUUAAGGUCAUAAGGAAUAGGAGUAGAAUCAAUGCUGAUCUAUCACUCCCUCCUAACCCCAUUCUUCUGCCUUCUCCCCAUAACUGCUGACUCUUGUACUAAUCAAGAAUCGAUCUAUCUCUGCCUUAAAAAUGUCCACUGACCUGGCAUCCAGAGCCUUCUGUGGCAAAGAAUUCUAUAGAUUCGCCACCCUCUGAGAUAAAUUUCUCCUCAUUUCCUUCCUAAAAUAACGUCCUUUAUUUCUGAGGCUAUGACCUCUAGUCCUAGGCUCUCCCACUAGUGGAAACAUCAUCUCCACAUCCACUCUAUCCAAGCCAUUCACUAUUCUGUAUGUUUCAAUGAGACAUUGAAACUCACUCAUUCUUCUAAACUCCGGCGAGUACAACCCCAGUGCCGACAAAUGCUCAUCAUAGGUUAACCUACACAUUCCUGGGAUCAUUCUUGUAAACCUCCGCUGGACCCUCUCCACAACCAGCAUAUCCUUCCUCGGAUAUGGUGCCCAAAAUUACUCACAAUAUUCCAAAUGCGGCCUUAUCAUCUCCUUACAGAGCCUCAGCAUUACAUCCCUGCGUGUAUUGUCUUUUGCAACAUCGCUUUACCUUGGCUUCUAUCUUCUUUCCUCUCUUGAAAGGACUGUAUGACUGCUUAACUUUGAUUCCACAGACAUGAAACUGAGAGCAAGUGUCCAAUAAGUAAUUCCAACAAUUUUGUGUCUAUCUUGUGUCUGUCUUCUGAACUAUUUCUGUCACCAACGCAUGUAUUUUCCAGCAUGGAUCAUUGGAUUACAAGCUGCCUUACAACCAGGAGUGCCAGCACUGCUGUUAUAAUACUAUGAUAUGUACCAUCUUAACUCAUACUGAUAAACAGAUCAGACACAAAAGGGAAAGAUGUGGUUCAGUAGCAUUUACGGAACAGAAAAACGUACAAAACAGGAACAGGGGUGUCCCUCCAUCAAGCCCUCUCUGCUGUUCAACAAGAUCAUGGCUUUAAUUCCAAUUUCAUGGCUGUGCCCAUCAACUUUAACUCCAACAUUUUGUUGACCCUGUGGAGACCAAAUCAUUGAAUAUGUUAAAGGACAAGAUAGAUUUUGGUUUACAAGGGGGACAUUUUGACCUAGAGCAUUUUCAGGGAUUCAGUCUUUGUAAGUUUGUAGGGUAGACAAUUCUAAAUAUGCACAUGCUUCAAAGAAGAAAUUCUUCUUUGUCCAUAUGAAUGAAUAAUCUCUUAUUCUAAAACUAUGGCCAUUCUUGAUUCCUCCAUAAGAGGAAACAUUGCUAAACCUCCUUAAUGAUCCCCCUUAGAACCCUAUUGGUUUCAAUAAGAUCACCUCUUUCUUCUCCCCAUAGUAUAGGCCCAACAUUUCACCCUCAGUUGAUUACUUCAAAUCAGGAAUCAUCCCAGUGAAGCAAGGACAUCCCUCCUUAAACACAGAAACCACAUGCAAUUGCAGUACUUCAAUGUAGACAUCUUUGUAUGUCAGUCUCAAGAAGGGUUUCGACCAGAAACGUCACCCAUUCCUUCGCUCCAGAGAUGCUGCCUAUCCCGCUGUGUUACUCCAGUAGUUUGUGUCUACCUGCAGUACUUCAAAUAUGGUGUCUUCAGGGCCCCGCAACAAGAUUUAUACUUGUCUCUUUUGCAACAAAGCCAAUAUUCCACGCCUUCUGUAUUUCUUCCCCCACAUUAUAACUUUGUAAAAUUUAUAUUAGGGGCCAUCUGUAGAGCAAUAUUCUAUAAUCUUCACAUAAAUAAUAUUCUACCUCCCUAUUCCGACCAACGUGGACAACCUUAGCGUCACAAUUUGCAACUA